AUGCACAAAUUACAGUUUGCUCGCGGCAUUGGGCAACGCGAAAUGCUGCGUGCCAAUACUCUACCAUCAAUCACAAGAGCAAAGGUUGGCUGUUUCGCGCGAUUACGGAUUUAUGAGGAAAAUGCAAGAUUUGUUCUGAUAUGCUUGAUUCUAAUGUGUUAUUUGAUGUUCGGAGCUGUAUUAUUUCAUUGGCUCGAACGCGAAAAUGAGCUCAUCGAACGGAAAAUGUUCGACGAACAGAUGAAAAACUAUCGAAAAGCGUUCUGUCAGCAAAAGUCCGAGGAUGAAUGCGGGUUCGACAGAAUGGUGCAGGUGAUUGCCGAUGGGGCCACUGGCGGGCUUCUCCAUAAUAGACCAAGGUUCGAUUAUCUUGGGUCGCUUUUCUUCUCGGGUACAGUAAUCUCAACAAUAGGAUUCGGAACUUCAACUCCAAGGACAACGUUUGGCCGAUUAAUGACAAUAAUUUAUGGAGUCGUAGGGUGCACUUGUUGUGUUCUCUUCUUCAAUCUCUUCCUGGAAAGGCUCGUAACCGGCAUGUCGUACAUUUUGAGACAAAUGCGAGAAAGGAAGCUUCAAAAACGAAUGAAAGAGACAAAUGGAACCAAGCCAGUCACACUUCUCAUUAAUAAUGAGGACUUUGCUGAGUCUUCAAGCUCAUGUGAAGGUCAGUUGGAUAACUGGAGACCAUCAGUGUACAAAGUGUUCGUUGGCUUGUUCAGCAUGUGCUUCAUCCUCAUCACAUUAUCAGCUCUCGUUUAUUCGAAUAUCGAGAGUUGGCCAUAUAUCGACUCACUUUAUUUCUGUUUCAUCAGUUUCGCUACAAUCGGGUUUGGUGAUUAUGUUUCGAAUCAGCAGGAAAUUGGAACUAUCGAUGCAGGACUGUACAGAUUCAUCAAUUUCCUUCUUCUCACUCUGGGCGCUUGCUUCUUCUACUGUUUGUCGAAUGUUUCUUCGAUCGUUGUUCGGCAACUUUUGAAUUGGAUUAUCAAAAAAAUGGAUAUCAAAGUCGAGGAUCGCUCAUUUCUGUGCUUCAAAAAGAAGCGGCGCUAUAUGGGAUUGGGAUUGCGACCACCGAAAGGAUACGAUAUGACAUCAGAACGCAGUUCAGUGGAUUAUGCCGAUGGCCUCUUGUCACUCAAAGAAUUCCUGAUGAAUAAUCAAAGUUCGAUGAUUUUACUACAAAAGCAGCUGAUCAAAAGUGCAAUGAAGAAUGUUGUCGAAAACGAGGAGCAGAAGAUAUCGGCGACGCGAGUUGGGCCGAUGGGAAUACUUGACGAAGCGUUUGGAGAUGAGAACUAA